UUGAUACACUGUCUCUAGACUGGGACACUACUCCUUUAAAACUGCUAUGCCUUCUCUUCAAUAUUAUAUUAUAUAUAUUCCCCAUCAAGUGCAAAUUUAAAUUUGCUUUAUUGACAAGUCCACAUAAAGGUAUAUGAUUAGUAAAAUACUAUUUUGUGUAACAUAUAAUCAACAAUAACAUCUACUACAUAAUGCAUACUUAUACUUUUUUAAAAACCUUUAAGAUCUGUCUUUCUCUCUGUCUCUAACAGUGUUCCUACACUGUUCGUCCCAUUCACUUUUACCUGUACAGAUAGACAACAGACAUACAGAAGGUCAGAAGGUUCUGUCUCGAAUUCGAUUCAAAUUCCAUCAUGCUUUGUUGACAUGACCACACACAGGUACAGGUAUUGUCAAUGUAAUCAUUUGCAUAAAAUGCAAAACAACAGUAACAAAGACAUCAGCUUUAUUUUAAAACCAUUUAAACAAUGGUUAUUUAAUUGUGUGGAAAAACUAUGUAUACAUAAACUAAUUAAAAUAAUAAUGAUAACAAUAAAAAUAAUAAUAAUGGGGAACCCCCCUACUGCUUGUGUUAAGUGUCAUGGGAUCUUUAAUGCCCACAGUGAGUCAAGACCUCGGUUUAACUUCUCAUCCAAAGGACAAGAUCUCGUACAGCACAGUGUCCCCAUUGCUGCACUAGGGCAUUGGGGUUUAUUUGACCAGAGGUAGGAUUACCCCUUAUUGGCCCACCAACAACACUUCCAGCAGCAACUUGUUUUUCCCCAAGAGGCCUCUCUAACCAAGUCCACACAUCCUUAGCUUCAGCCGUUUGGCAGAAGCAGGAUACAUGGUGAUACGGCUGCUGGCAUAAUACACUUUGGCACAUGAUACAAGUGUUUUGAAUGACAAAAAAACAUUUUGCAGUGGAAAAUAUUUGCUAAAAUAUUACUUCGUUUUUAUUGAAUGUCCCUUCUGCUCUGUUGGUUUCAGCAGAGUAAAAUAUCUAGUUCUUGAGAUUGAGAGAGCAGAGAACCUACAGGGAACAAAAAAUGAAUUGCUAGGUCUCAGGAGGAUAUUUGUUCUUUUAGUGUUUGUCCCUUUCUCUUUCUGACUCUCUGUAAAGAUGCAGAGCCUCCUCCCACCUUUCACAUUGUGUACACAGGUACAUAAACCAUGAACAGAACAAUGAGUGCUUUUUUUGUCAGUAGAUUUCUGGUGAGUGACAGGGUGGAAUGUGAGAUAUUCUUGUUAGCGGGGUGCAGACCAGUCAAACUGGCUGCCGGAUAAGGAAGUGUGAGUUCCUAGUAUCCAUUGCUCUCACUUUCCUUAUGUCACGUCACUCAACAACAUAAUUUCAAUACUCGGCCACAUUUAGUCACACUCACAGAAAUGCCGCCAUGCGUCAUUCUCACAUGAGUUACUGUCAAGUUCACAGACCAUUGGCCCCCUGGGACAACACACCCAGUUGUGCUUCCCCUAAUGGCGGCCCUGGCCUUAAAGGCAUACUAUGCAGGAUUUCUACAUUCUACAUUUUCACAAGUUAUAUUCAGAGAUUAAAUGGCUCUUUAAAAUCAGCUCUGUAAUCGAAAAUCUUACACCACCUCAUUAGCACACUAUACAUUGCUUCUUUAACACUAUUAACACAUUAUAUACCACUUCAUCUCCACCAAUACACACACCUCUGUCCUCUCUCUCACGGACACUCGCUCUGUACAGGUUCAGAGAGGUGGCACUAGGACCUGGGAAAAAAGAGGCUUUGUUUUGUACUUUGGACUCAAGACCAGAUUAGUGACCUGUUUAACUGUUUCUAGGGAUAUCAUCUUUCAUUAACUAUAGCAAAACACAAAGGGACUUUCGAAUCAUAUCAUUAAAAAAGAUCCCCACACUUCAUUUUUUAUAAAUAUAAUGGAUUUUAAGAACAGCAGUAUGAAAGUAGAACUAUGAGAGAGACCACACGUCAGGCGGGAUCAAUGACACUUUCGCGCGACCAGCUGGCCGUGGGCCUGCUCUACCUGUCUUGGAGUCUGUGGGCUUCUGCUGCUGUCUUGGAAAAGAUCGAAUUCGAUGAGGUUCCGUGUGUCACCUGCGAAAAGGGUCUGAUUGGCUGCAGAGUAGAAGAUGAGGUUAUCCAGAGGCCUGAUUCUGAUUAUGUGUAUGUGAGAAAACUGGAUGCCGGGGCCUUUCUCUGCUGUAGAAGAGGGAAAGACUGCAGACCCUGUCUACGGAUCCAAACCCACAUCACCAGCAAUGGUCUCCUGGAUGACAGUCAGCUGUCUGGCAAUGAUGAUGAUGAACAGGCACCAGAGGAAGGUUUUGUGAGUUUGUGCUGCAACAUCCCGAAUGGUUGGCCUGUGUGCAAGAGGGUGGAAUUCAAACUGCCUCCUCCUGCUCUGGAGGAGCAUCGCAACACAGAGGCUGAGUUCUCUCUCUCUCUGCUGGUGUUCGAUAAGAUAUAUUUUGGCAGCCAGGUGCUGGUGUCAGCACAAACCCAGAAUCAAACCAUAAUUAUACCUUCGGAGAGCGACGUAUGUUCUUCAGAGCUGCGGGCAUAUGUGCAGGAGUGCAGUGUCCCCCCACUACAAACUGUAAUUGACAAGGAGAAGAAAGUGGCCUUACUAAAAUUGGACCAGGAGGACAUAAAGUCCACCUCUCCAGUGGAAAUAUGUCAAAAAUAUGGAGAAGCUGGCGAGUGCAGAUAUCAGAAAUGGAAUGGGACAAAUAUAUCCAUUCCUCUGGACUCUGUUGCCUUCUGCCUUUGCUUCCAGGUCAGGAGAAGAGAUGGCGGUCUGGCUUGGGAGACGUGCCCUUUCUGGAGUUCUAGAGAAUUUCUUGAGAGAACAUGGAAAAGGGUGCAGGUAUCGAUAGCCCCAGCUCAGACUAACAUUGGCAAGCCGGCGUUGGCCUGGAAACUCACUGCCUCCUGCAGGCUAGAGGCUGAACUCUGGCUGUGCAGGAUGGGAGAAGUCGGACAAGAGUGCAGAGAGGUGGAAGGUUCCAGGCAGCAGGUGGAGAACAGGAGUUGGGAAGACUGGCAGACGGACCUCCAGGGCCACUGGGUAAAAGGGGAAUUCCUCAGCAUUGUUCCCCACCCGUCUUUGUGUGUGCAGGUGCAAGUGAAUGGGAUGGACAGACCACUGGAUCCCAAGUGUCCCUUUUCUACCUCUAGGAGGCGUUGGAUCUUCCCUGUUGUGCUGAGUGCACUAAUGAUCUGUAUGGCUGUCCUAGGAGCAUGCCGUCUCCACAGCAGUGUCAAAGACUGGGUGAGCCGCUGGUGGAAAGGCAAUGGUGUAAGAGGGGCAGUGUGCAAGAGAGAGGUGGUGCUGCUGUGCCCCCCAGAUUUGGACCCCACCUUGGCAGCGCUCGUGUCACAGCUGGGCACAGCACUGCGCACUCUGGGCUUCGGUGUGACGGCGGACCUGUGGAGCCGGGCAGAGUUGGGGGCCUUGGGGCCUGUGCCCUGGUUGCAUGGCCAACUGGACCGCCUGGGGAGAGCGGGAGGCCAGGUGGUGCUCAUACUGACCCGGGCAGCAUGGGAGAAAGUGGGGCAGUGGGGUGGGGCUGCGGGUGGGGCCAAGGAGAAAGAGCAGGGGAUGUCUCCAUACGCAGAUGUUUUCAGUGCUGCGCUGAACUGCCUUCUGGCAGACCAGCUACAGGGUGGCAGCAAAGGUCGCUUCACCCUGGUGCAUUUUGAGGCCCUGCCCUCCCCCUCCUUCGGCAAGGGUUCACUCGAACCCCUGUCCCUACAUGGACUGCAGCCCUACGCCCUCCCCUUGCAGUCUCUCCCCUUCCUCAUGGAGCUGACAGGCCAGAGUUUGGUGGGGCUUUGGCCUGCUUCGCGGGUGCUGGACCGAGCCCUGAGGGGGCAUGGUGAGGAGAGCACAGGGCCAGGAGACACAGGGGAGGCCAUGGCCCUGAUGGGCAUUCACAUGUCCCAGACACAGAUGGACUGGUUGAAAGACACUCCCUGAUUAAGGGUCUAGCUAGAGGGGUGGGGCUUCCUGAGAGUGGGAAGUAUUUUUGCUGUAAGAGGCAUGUGGAGAACCACUGGGAAAAAAAUGAAGGAGAUUUUUUUUUUUUUACUUUACAUUCACAUACAUACUCCAACAUACCACAUACACUCCCAGCUGCACUCACGCGCACAGCCACACCAACAAAUGCACUUGAAUAGACACGUGUGCACAAACAUUAACAGCACACCAACAAGCUUUUGUUCUGAAAAUUGUAUAUGACUUAAAUGUAAAUAAUGUAUAUUUGAUCAUUUGUAAACAUAGCUGUACAUUUCUUUAUGUUAUAUAAAAUAAAUUUAACUGAAAGACACUUAAUAAAAUAUGACGAUGAUGAUGAUGAUGCAUUCUUAGGGGCCAAGCACCAUAGGUGCAUAGGCACCUAUUGUAUUUGUUAGUUUUUUUUUUUUUUUCACAAUUAGUUUUCCACCAUGGGAGUCUAUGGCAGCCCCUAGAAUCGCUUAGAGCUGCAACAGUAUUGUGUUCAGGAAUCUACAUUCCUCAACUGAGGCCCUUGCCUCCAAAGUGGCUCCUGCUAAGAAUGCAGCAGGGGCCAACGCACUGGUUUGAAAGCCUCAUGUGAUGGCAGAAGUGAAGGCUUCAAUGCUCAAGUUCUGGCCAGUUAGUUGGAGGGAGAGGAGUGCAGCCUCUACAAAACAUCCUACAUCCUGGUAAAUGAGGGGAAACAAGGGUCUGGCGUAGGCUACGCAAGAUUGCUGUCAUGCGUAUGGCAUGACAUCAUCCCAGACCUGAAGACCCGAAGAUCCACUGGGACCGAAAGGUUGUCUUUAAUAAAGGUGUGUAUGGAUGUGUAUUGACA